AUGGAGGAUCGAAACGUGCGAAGUGGAAUGUCCGAUGUGGUGAUAGGCUGCGUGAUGCCGUAUCUUCACGACGCUAAGGACCGCGACGCAGUGUCGUUGGUGUGCCGGCGAUGGUACGAGCUCGACGCCCUCACGCGCAAGCACGUGACCAUUGCUCUCUGCUACACCACGAGCCCCGAUCGGCUGCGGAGGCGGUUUCAGCACCUCGAGUCCCUGAAGCUGAAAGGGAAGCCGAGAGCGGCGAUGUUCAAUCUGAUACCGGAGGAUUGGGGAGGCUUUGUGACACCGUGGGUGAAGGAGAUCGCUGAGUCCUUCAAUCGCUUGAAGUCUCUGCACUUUCGGCGAAUGAUUGUUAAGGAUUCAGACUUGGAGCUCUUGGCUCAGUCCCGUGGGCGCGUGCUACAGGCGCUCAAGCUUGACAAGUGCUCUGGCUUCUCCACCGAUGGCCUUUUGCACAUCGGCCGCUCCUGCAGGAAUUUGAGAACCUUGUUUUUGGAAGAGAGCUACAUAGUUGAGAAUGAUGGUCAAUGGCUACACGAGAUUGCUUUGAACAACUCUGUGUUGGAGACUUUGAAUUUUUAUAUGACAGAUCUUAUCAAAGUCAAAUUUGAAGACCUUGAACUCAUUGCAAAAAACUGUCGCUCCUUAACCUCUGUGAAAACUAGCGAUUGCGAAAUCUUGGAACUCGUGGGCUUCUUCCGUUCUGCAAGCGUAUUAGAAGAAUUUUGUGGCGGUUUCUUCAACGAGCAAUCAGAGAGGUACUCUGUUGUAUCGUUACCCCAAAAAUUAUGCCGUUUGGGUCUAACGUACAUGGGAAAGAAUGAAAUGCCAAUAGUAUUCCCAUAUGCAACUCUUCUCAAAAAGCUGGAUCUCCUUUAUGCAUUGCUUGACACUGAGGACCAUUGCACACUAAUUCAAAGGUGCCCCAACCUGGAAGUGCUUGAGACAAGGAAUGUUAUUGGAGAUAGAGGACUAGAAGUUCUUGCUCGGAGUUGCAAGAGAUUGAGGAGGCUCCGAAUUGAGCGAGGUGCAGAUGAGCAAGGCAUGGAGGAUGAAGAAGGUGUUGUUUCACAAAGGGGUUUGAUAGCAUUGGCACAGGGCUGCCUGGAACUUGAGUACUUGGCUGUGUAUGUGUCAGAUAUCACAAACGCAUCUCUGGAAUACAUUGGGACUUACUCUAAGAAUCUUUGUGAUUUUCGACUUGUCUUGCUUGACCGAGAAGAGACGAUAACAGAUUUACCACUUGACAAUGGGGUUCGAGCUCUUUUGAGGGGCUGUGAUAAGCUCAGAAGGUUUGCUCUGUAUCUCCGUGCUGGGGGCUUGACCAAUUUGGGACUUAGUUAUGUUGGCCAGUAUAGUCAAAAUGUGAGAUGGAUGCUUCUGGGUUAUGUUGGGGAAUCUGAUGCAGGGCUUUUGGAGUUCUCUAAAGGUUGCCCUAGCCUGCAAAAAUUGGAAAUGAGGGGCUGUUGCUUCAGUGAGCGUGCACUGGCUGAUGCAGUAAUGCAGCUGACUUCCCUUAGGUACUUGUGGGUGCAGGGAUACAGAGGAUCUGCUUCGGGUCGUGAUGUUUUGGCAAUGGCUCGGCCAUAUUGGAAUAUUGAGUUAAUUCCCCCGAGACGAGUUGAUGAUCAGCAGGGGGAGGGAGUAGUGACGGAGCAUCCAGCCCAUAUACUUGCAUACUACUCACUUGCUGGACAAAGAACAGAUUUUCCAGAUACUGUUAUCCCCGUGGAUCCAGCAUCUUUUAUUACCUCCUAG